UAAUGUAGAUUUGUAUGAUUGAAAUGGAAUAAAUACUUGAAAGGCUUGUUUUAAUUUAAUCUGUGAACCCGCGUAGCCGAAAGCCCUGACACUGACACGGACUAAAGAAAGAAAACGAUUUGCAGAGAGGGAAAAUUCCAGGUCUUUGGCUGCCUUCAAUCAUCAGCACCCACCCCGGGCUUACAAAUAAAGGAGGCCACUUUUUUUCACUUUUGCAUUAAAUUAAACCUCACAAUCAGACUAACUGACCAUUCUGGAAACAAGAACUGAGGGGAAAUGGACGGUGCUUCUGCUAAUAGUGGUAACAGUUCUACAAGACAUGGAAGGGAGAUGGCAUCAUCCAGCUUCCUACGCGCUCCAUUUGCAGCGAUCUUGGAGUUUUCAGGUCUUCUUGGAAGCAGCAGUGCCUCUGCAUCUGUUGCUAUUGCUAAUGAUCACUCUCACGCACAAUCCCCCCACCAGGAGGUAUUUAUCAGGAUACUUGGAAUUGAACCUGGAGAGAACCACGACUCCGUAUCAGUUGACCUUGCAGAGGAAGGAGCUGGCUUAACUGCUGCUGAUGUAAGUAGUGAAAGUGCAAUCGCCAACGGGGAGUCUGGGAGUCGAAGGGACUCAUCCCCUUAUCAGAGAGAUGAUGUACAUUGCUUGUCUAGGUGGAUUGAGCACAUUCUUCCUUUUUCUUUGCUUCUUCUUGUUUUUAUUCGACAACAUUUGCAAGGCUUUUUUGCCACAAUCUGGAUUGCUGCAGUCAUCUUGAAAUCAAAUGAUAUUUUACAGAAGCAGGCAGCUUUAAAGGAGGGGAGAAAGAUUUAUAUUCUUUUGGGCAUCACCAUUAGUUUCAUGCUCCAUGUGAUAUCUGUUUAUUGGUGGUAUCGAAAUGAUGACCUUCUGUACCCUUUGGUUCUACUUCGUCCAAAGAAGAUUCCGGCUUUCCCGCACUCAAUAUUUAUCAUUACGGUCAAUGAUGUUAUGGCGCAGCAGGCAGCCAUGGCCUUCAAAUGUGUGCUUUUGAUAUGUAACAGGAACAGCAAAGGCCACAAUUACCGUAAACAGGGUCAAAUACUAACUCUUGUUGAGUAUUUGAUGUUGCUAUACCGCAGUCUGUUGCCAACACCCGUCUGGUAUCGGUUCUUUCUAAACAAAGAAUGCGGUCGCUUUUUUUCCUCAUUCACUACGGGAUUGUACUUGACAUUCAAGCUUACAACCACUAUAGAGAAGGUUCAAUUAUCCUUUGCUGCAUUGAGGGCCUUAUCACAUAAAGAGGGGCAUUAUGGAUCCCGUGCCACAUCUGAGCAGGUCAAGGCAGCAGGGGAUCUCUGCACCAUUUGCCAGGAGAAGAUGCACGCGCCAAUCUUGCUUCGCUGCAAACACAUCUUCUGUGAAGACUGUGUGUCAGAAUGGUUUGAACGAGAAAGGACAUGCCCAUUGUGUAGGACAUUGAUCAAACCAGACGGUAUCAGAUCGUAUGCUGAUGGAUCAACAAAUCUAGUGUUCCAGUUGUUCUAAAACUGCCUGAUGUUGUGAAACCAGACACCAUUCCAUAUAAUCUCUCUUUUAUGGCCUCACUGUCACUGCUGCAUAACAGCUGCAUUGCUGCUUUUGUGUUUAAGCAGCAGUAAUAUGAAGGACCCAAUAGCAAUAGCCAAUAGGGGUUCAACUACGCGCCCAUAUAUUGUACUAUUUAUCAAAUAUACAU